GGAAACAAAUAUUUUUCAAAACAAAACGAAACAAAAAUCUUAACUCUUCAGUGAACAUCUCAUCCUGAUUCGAAUCGAAUCGAAUCAAUUUUUGUUGUUCGAACAAAAUAAUCAUUCGAUUCUAUUUCUACCUAAAUCUGAAUUUAAAAUUAAGAAAUAGCAAACAAGCUAUAUACACACGACGAGUCAUUUCUGCGUGUUUUUAAAUUUUUCGUCACACUUUUGCUUUUUUAAAAAUCAAAUCAAAAAAUAGAACCAAAAAUGGCUACAUUAACUAGUGGAAUGGAGGUAAAAAUUCAAAGAACAAAUGGAAAAAUACAUGCUGCAAUUGUCAUGACAAUUAGUUAUGAAACCAAAACUGUUACAGUUGAAUGGGCUGAAGGUGAAGAGGUUAAAGGAAAAGAGAUUGAUUUGGAACAAAUUUAUCGACUUAACCCAAGCCUCGUUUUACCGAAAACAUCAGCUACGGCAACAACAACAGCAGCGGCGGUGGUGGCAAAUUCAACAACAGCAAAUGGUGGUAAUAAUGUUGCUACCGGUGUUGGUGCUGGUGCUGGUCAACAAUCAAAAAAGCAGCAUGAAGAGAAUACAUCAAUGUUACCUGUACGUACGGCAAAUUUAGCUACAUCACAUCAUCAUCAUAAUCAUCAUCAAAAUAAUAAUAACAAUAAUAAUCAUCAUAAUAAUCAUCACCAACAAGCAAAAGGUUCACUUCGUAUGAGACAGCAAACAAAUUCUAGACAAACAAUUGCUAAUGGACAUCUACUUAUUAAUAAUAAUAAUAAUAAUCAUAUUGAUCCUACGCCAGCAACGGCAGUAUUAUCAACAACAUCAUCAUCACAUUCAUCUGCAUUGAAUACGACCAAUGGAUUGUCGACGGCAACCGCAUCAAAUAAUAAUAAUAAUCUUAGUAAUCUGGAUGAAACAACACAAAAUGGCCAUAUUCCAAUUGAUAAAAAUCAAUUACGAAAUUGGGGUCUAUCCGAACCAAUCAUACAAUAUUAUGCCCGUAAAGGUAUUAGCCGAUUUUUUGAUUGGCAAAUCGAUUGUCUUCAACUACCAGGUGUAUUGGAACAACAAAAAAACCUUGUAUAUUCUGCACCAACAAGUGCCGGUAAAACAAUGGUUAGCGAUAUUUUAUUAUUCAAAACUUUGUUGGAUCGACGAAAAAAAGCCAUAAUCAUAUUACCAUUUGUAUCGAUAUCAAUGGAAAAAGUACAGAAUCUAAAACAAGUAUUUCGUCGUCUUGGAUUACGAAUCGAUUCAUUUGCUGGCCAAACAAAUCCACGUGGUGGUCUGAAACGUGUUGAUGCUGCUGUUUGUACUAUAGAAAAAGCCAAUAAUAUGAUUAAUCGAUUGAUUGAAGAAAGAACAAUCUCAGAUAUUGGUUUAAUUAUUGUUGAUGAAUUGCAUAUGAUUGGUGAUCAAUCAAGAGGUUAUAUUUUAGAAUUAUUACUGUCCAAAUUGAUGCAUAUGAAAUCGAAUCCAUUGGCCUGUAAUGCUGAUGAUAAUAUUGAUCUUCAUCAACUGCAAAUUGUUGGAAUGUCAGCAACGAUACCAAAUUUGAAUGAUAUUGCAAAAUGGUUAAAUGCAGAAUUAUUUAUCACCGAUUAUCGUCCAGUUCCAUUGGAUGAACAUGUAGUUGUUGGUAAUGAAAUUCUUAAAAUUUCAAUCGAUUUGAAUCAAUUAAAAUUAUCAACAACAACAAUGUCACAUUCACUAAUCUAUUUGGCAAUUGAAACAUUAGCACAAGGUUUUUCUACGUUAAUAUUUUGUCCAACACGUUCAAUGUGUGAAUCAAUGGCUAAAACAAUUGCAGCAAAUAUAUUUAAUAUUGGACAAAAAGAAAGAAUUCCGCAAAAUGAUUUUGAAAGUUUUAUUCGUGAACGUAUUCAUUCGGAUCAAAUUCUUUCAUAUAAACGUUUAGUUUCAUUAAUUGAAACAUUAAAACGAUCCACAUCAUCAUCAUCAUCAGGUGGUUUUGAUCCAAAUCUGGAACGUGUUCUGAGAUUUGGUUGUGCAUUUCAUCAUGCUGGCAUGACAAUGGAAGAACGUGGAACGGUUGAACAAGGUUUUCGUGAUGGAACACUAAGAAUACUUUGUUGUACAACAACAUUAUCAGCUGGUGUUAAUUUACCAGCCCGUCGUGUAAUGAUAACAUCACCGUUUGAUUAUGCAAACAACCUGUUACCUGUUGGUAAUUAUCGUCAAAUGAUUGGUCGUGCUGGACGUAAAGGUAUCGAUAUAUUAGGCGAAAGUUUUCUAUUUUGUUCGGAUAAAGAUAUACGUUUAGCACGUCGUCUUUUAUCCGCUGAAAUUCUACCAAUUAAAUCAAAUCUUGUUACUGUGAAGAAAUCCAAUAAUAAUAAUAAAACGAAUACAUCAUGUUCGACAUCAUCUACUAAUAGUGAUCAAAAUAUUACGAAAAAAUCGCAAUGGCAACCAAUCAUAAAUGAUCAACUUUUACGUGCCGUAUUGGAAGUUAUUGCAAAUGAAAUGGUUAAAAAUAUUAGUGAUAUUAGUGGUUAUCUUGGCUGUACUUUUUUCCGAAAUUGUCCAUUGAAUUUAUUUGGAUCUCAACAACAACAACAAUCACAAACAGAAGAAAAUGAAGAAAUAAUCAAUGAAUCAAUACGAUUGGUAUUGGAUCGAUUGAAACAAUUUGAAUUUAUUUAUAUUGAAUCACCGGAUAAUGGUGAUUCAAGAAUUGUUUGUACUGAUCUUGGACGUGCUGUAAUUAGUUCAGGUGUUUCACCUACAGAUGGUCAAUUUAUUUAUGAAGAACUGAAACGUUUUCGAACGAAAUUAUCAUUAUUAACUGAUUUACAUCUGGUUUAUCAAACAACACCUGUUUAUAUUGUUAACCAAUUGCCUGAUAUUGAUUGGCGUCAUUAUUUAAAUCUUUAUGAACGUUGGGAUAAAAAUACAAAAUUCAUUUCACAAAUGAUUGGUAUAAGUGAACAUUUUCUUUGUAUACAAGUAUCAAUGUCUGGUUUGAUGAAGCAAACAACAUCGAAUGAAUCAUUAAUUCAUCGUCGAUUUUAUGCAAGUCUAGCUUUAUUUGAUUUGAUUGAAGAAAUACCAAUGUGGAAAGUACAACAAAAAUAUAAUCUUGAUAAAGGAACUCUGCAAUCUUUACAACAACAAGCAUCAACAUUUGCUGGAAUGUUAUCAACAUUUUGUCAACGUUUAAAUUGGAAAACAUUGGCCAAAUUAUUUGAUGAAUUUCAACCACGUCUUUCAUUUGGUGUUCAAUUAGAUCUUAUCGAUUUGGUACGACUUCCAUGUGUAAAUUCAAUGAUUGCUCGACAAUUAUUCAAUAAAGGUUAUGAAGAUAUAUCAUCAUUGAUUAAUUUAAAACCAAAAGAUAUUGAAUUAGCACUGAUAACAUCUAAAGAUUUAAUACCAGAUGAUAGCAGUAAUGUUGAUCCAAAUGAAGUUAAAAUUUUUCUUUCAACAUUAGAUCAAACAAUAACGAUUACUGAAUUAUCAAAAAUGAUUAUUAAAGAAGCAAGGAUGUUGACUGAAAAAGAAAUUGGUCAGAAAAUUUCAUUUGAAGAUGAAAUUGAAAGUGGUUCGACAGUUAAUUCACCGGUUAAUUUAGUUGUUGAUCAACAACCUGAACAACCAGAAGAGCAAGAAGAAGAGCCAGCAUUAUCAACCGAACCAUCAAAAAUGGAAAGAUCAAAUGAAUCGAUAGAUAAUUCGAUCGAAUCAACCAACAGUAAUAAACGAAUCAAAACUGAUAUUGAUUUAUCAUCGAUUAAUCACCAUCAUGAUGAUAAUGAUUAUAUGAUUAAAGAAGUACCCAUUAUUCAAGAAGAUUCAAAUUCCGAUUCAAAAUCAUCGAUAAUUUCUUCAUCGACACCGAAUGUUACCAAACAAAUUCAAUCAACAUCAUCGACAAAACCAACGGAAACAUCGAUAUUAUUCGAUGAUGAUGAUGAUGAUUUUUUAUUGGAAGAAUUAUCAUUAAUUUUGACGAAAAAAGAAUCGGAAAAAAUUUCUGAAACAAUUCCUCAGCCAUCAUCAUCAAAAUCAUUAUCAAUGUCAACAAUGUCGAUAGAUGCUGAUUUAGAAAUUUUGGAAAUGUUAGAACAGGAAGAGGAUACGAAGCAGCAAGAAAAAGAUUCAAAGCAGCCGAAGCAAGAAGAAAAAGAAUCACAUUCAUCAGAAACGGUACGAAACGAAAGGAUUACGGCUUCAAAUGAUAAUAAUGAUGAUGAAAUAUGGCUGGACGAUAAAGAUGAUAUUAGUUUUGAUGAUGAUGAUUCAACUGAAGAAACAUCACCAAUGAAUUCACCAGCAUCAUCAGUUGAUAGUAAAGAAGAUAUGGAUAAAUUUCUUCAAUCAUUAUCCAACAAUGAUGAUGAUGAUCAUAAUGAAAUAAUCCAUAAUCUACCAUCGUUACAUGAAUCCAAUGUUACGGUUGAUAAUUUUGAAUUGAUUAAAAUUGAUAAUCGUGAAUUAUGUAGGGAUUUUCUUGCGCAAAUUUUUCCCGAAACUGAUCAAAAUAUAGUGGCAUUAUAUUUUCGUUUAGAACGACGAAAAGAUUCAAGUGAACAUCAUCGACGAACAAUGAUUGUUUUGAAACCAGGUGAUCGAAAAUUAUCAACACAACAACCACCAUCAACUGAAUCACCUGAUGAACCCGUAGGUCUUCGAUUAAAAAAUUCACCAGAUCUUUAUCUAAUCAGUUUAUAUGUAACCAAAUUGAAUCAAACACAAAUUUUCCAUAUUGAUAGCCAAGAAGCAUUGAAAUUUUUACAACAAAAUUGGUUUAAACAUUUACAACAAAAAUCUUCAACAAGACGCUCCAUACAUUUUUUAUGUCAUGAUGUUAAACAAUGUUGUCGAUGUUUGAAUGAAGUAUUCAAUUUUGAAUGGAAAUUUUUAAUAAAUCAUUUAGAAUGGUAUGAUGUUACAAUUGCACAAUGGUUAUUAGAUCCAGAAUCAUCACCACCAUAUAAUAUUGAUUCUAUUCGAAUAAAAGAUUUACCCGUUUUGGCUCGAACAAAUCAGUUAUCGGAUAUCGACUAUUUCGACAACGUUAGUAAUUAUUAUCGUCGAAAAAUUUUAUUAAAUUCGAAUCCUCAUCGUUAUCGUUCGAAAGAUUCCAGCAUUCAAGAUUUAGAUAUUAUUCUGAAAAUUUUAAUUCUUUUCAAUUUAAUUGAUGGUUUAUUGUUGCGGUUACGUGAAGAAAAUCUUCUGAAAAGUUAUUUUCGAAUUGAAAUUCCUUCAAGAAUUUGUAUAACGAUGAUGGAAUCAAAUCCAACCAAAAUUGAUCGAAAAUAUCUGAAUGAAUUAGAAGAUACAAUUCAGGAUUUAAUUUCACGAAUUGAACAAAAAAUCGUUGCAAAAAUUGGUCGUUCAAUCAAUCUGAAUAGUCCAGAUCAAGUUGGAAAAGUAUUAUAUUCACAAGAAAUGGGUUUAAUAUCAUCAUAUUUUAAUGUGACUACCAAUACUACUGCUGCAAGUCCUAGUCCACGUUCAAAAUCAAAACGUUUAUCAUCAUUACUGCCGAAAAUAACGCCUGUAACACGGAAACCAAGUACAAGUAAAAUAGCAUUAAUGCGUCUACAAGAAUCUGUUGGUAAUCGUUCAAAUCUACCAACAAUGAUCAUAGAAUGGCGUCAUUUAAAUCAUGCCUUGACUAAUUCGAUAAUGGCAAUUAAUCGUCAUUGGUAUUAUCGUCGAGAUGACGAUCCUGAUGAUUCAUUAAUUUAUAAACAGUGUUGUGAAUGGACUGCAACUGGUCGUAUUACAAUGUUGGAUCCAAAUCUUAUCAAUUUGGAUAAUGAUUUUGAAAUUAAAACACAUUUAAAUGAUGCGACUAUUUUUACUCCUACUACUUCUACAGGUGAUAAUAAUACCCGAUCAACAAAAAUUCAUAUAAGAAAAAUUGUUCAAUCCCCAGAUAAUUAUCAAUUAAUAACAGCUGAUUAUUGUCAAUUAGAAUUGCGUAUUUUGGCACAUUUUUCUAAAGAUAAAAAUCUUUUAAAUGUAUUGAAUAAUUUGGCUGUAGAUGUAUUUAAAUCGAUUGCCGCCGAUUGGAAACAAAUUCCAAUCGAACAAGUUGAUUAUGAAACACGGCAACAAGCUAAACAAAUUUGUUAUGGUAUCGUUUAUGGUAUGGGUGAUGAAUCAUUAGCACAAAAAUUGGAUAUUACAUCGAAUGAAGCUGGUGAAUAUAAACAAUCAUUUUUCGAACGUUAUAAUCGUUUACAAGAAUUUAUUAAUAAAACUAUUGAUAAUUGUCGUCAAAAUUUAUUUGUUGAAACUAUUGCUGGUCGUCGUCGACAAUUACCACUGAUUCGUUCACCAAAAUUAGAUGAAUCAUCACGUGCCAGUCGACAAGCAGUAAAUACAAAAAUUCAAGGAUCAGCAGCUGAUAUUAUUAAAAUGGCAAUGAUUUCUGUACAGAAACAAAUUGUUGAACGAAAAUUUGAUGCAUGUUUUGUAUUACAAAUGUAUGAUGAACUGAUGUAUCAGGUACGAAUUGAUCAAUGUGAAGAAUUUGGUUUAUUUUUAAAACAACAAAUGGAAAUGGUUGGUGAUUGUUUACGUGUUGUAUUGCCAGUAAAAUUAUCUAUGGGACGAAAUUGGUCAGAAAUGGAUCCAUUUUUGUGAUUAUUAUUAUUAUUUUAAAAUCAAACAACGAAAAAAAUCAAUUUGCAUGUUUUUGUUUACAAAUU